AUGAGGGUACCUGCCUCUGUGUUGGAUAGGUGUGGAGGUUCUUUCCAUGCAGCAGAUGAGAAGAGGCAAAAAGCCAGCACACAAUCUUUUGCAGAUACAGGGCUUAUGGCUUUGUUGUGUUGUCAUGAUUGUGUCCUCUGGUCAGUUAAUAUGACAUCAGCAGGGGAAAAGCAGCACUAUGCCCUAGUGCUGGUGAAACAUCUCUUUGACCAUCUCCCUGCCAAGAUGACUGUUGGCCUCUUAUAUGAUAUUGGUUGUCAAUUGGAGCAUAGCUGUCAAAAGUGGAAAAUCCUUGAUGAUGGGAUACUCUCCAGGUUGAAGUUUGGUAUUUCUGUCUUCCAUGCUUAUGGUCAUCAAUGGCCAUGCCAAUUGGUAUAUCACCCAUGUAAAUGUGUAGGCUUUGGCUUGUCAGAUGGUGAGGGGUGUGAGUGA